CUUCCCCUCCUCCCCUCCCCCGCCCCUCUUUUCCAUCCUUCUUUGCCCGUUUUGUCGCGCACCCCCCAGCAGUAAUCAUGGCCACCGCACGCCAGCGCCGCCGGACCAAGAACCCCAACCGCAAGGUGACUCGUCGGGUGUCGGAUCGCCAGAAGAAUAUCCACAUCGAGAACCCCGCCCUCCGUGAGGCCUGGGACAAGCGCCUGACUCUGAAGCAGAACUUCGAGCGCCUCGGCCUGGCUCUGGACCCGAAUGCCGCCGCCCCCCUCGCGCAGAAGCCCUUCAUGGACUACCUUCGCCCGCUCGACUCCCUCGGCCUGGCCAAGCCUGUUGAGGACCCGAGCGUCCUCGAGCAGUUUGAGGAGCGCGCCUCCAAGCCCGACACCGUUCACAUCCAGCGCCUGACUGAGAACGAGGCCAACCGCAUGCUGAAGUUCCGCCAGAAGUACGGGUCCGGCAUCGUCGGCGACUCGUCCAAGGACGACUACGUCAAGAUGGCCCGCGAUCUGAAGCUCAACGUCUACCAGCUGACUGCCAACCAGAUCAAGAAGAAGCUCGCCGCCCUGGAUGCCGGCCUUGCCCCGAUCCCGGCCGUCUACAAGAUGGAGUACGCCAAGAAGGCCGCGGCCAAGGCCGCUUCCGAGGCCGCUGCUGCCGCCGCUGCCGAGGCUGUUGCUGCUGCCAAGAAGGCGGCCAAGGCCGCCAGCAACUAAGGUGUAGAAGCAGGAGAAAACCAGGCCCCCCCCCUCCCCCGGGGGCGGAGCGCGGGAUCGGAGGGCGGGCCGAAUGGGGCUGUUUUUGGUGUUCCCCCCCCCUCUCUUCCCGGCAGCGAUGUCCGCCACUCUUCCCUCCGCCUCUCCCGCCCCCUGCGGCCUACGCCUCCCAAAGUCACACCCCUGUCCUUGCCCAGAAACUGCCAACGAACGGCGCUUGUAUUAUACACACAUGACCAAAUCA